AUGGCGUCAGAAGAGGAGGAGUUCCUUUUCGGCUUUUACACAGAAGAUGAGGAGGAUCCUGCUGCUGCGGAGGCGAAGGAGCAGCGGGCGAAGAGGAGAGCGGAGGGCGAGUGGGGGAAAGAGAAGGUCAUGGCGAAGUACAAGGAGCAGCAGAUGGAGCUUCAGCUCAAGUAUCUCGAGAGCCUCAAAAGCUCCGAGUAUCCAAUUCGCGUCGACAGGAAAACUACCAAGUCGCCGAUGCGGAACCUGCACAAUGGAAUCGGUGGACCGGAGCUCUAUACUUCCUUGAACGUGCUCGCCGUCAAGUUGAUCAAGUGCUCGGUUCAGUUCCCAAUCGACGUUUAUGGCCACGUUUCGGUCAGGGACGAUAUUGAUGCCAAGCGUGUGUUCAUCUUCCGUCGUGUUCGUGACAACUGCCAGAAGAUUAACGACGCCCAGGGUGCAUUCUUGUCCCUAACCGGUCCGUCUCGAGGAAUCGUUUUGCACAGUGUCCUUCACAUUGAGGUUGACUUGAAGAUUAGGAGUUUGGAUCCAGAAAGUGACGUUGAGAUCGCCAAUUGUUGCCUAGAGGACAAGGUAGCCACCUCUUACUCCAAAGUGAUUAGAAGCAGGGUUGCCGGCCCAUUGUGCUCAGUCGACUUGACAUACGCACCUGUCCAUGAAGCAGUGGAAGCCACCUUUAAGUUUACUCUUAGUCAGAUCAAGGCAAGCAUAAAAAGGCCAAACGGAUCUGUUGCUCGGCAGUGGCAACCCUUCAACAAGGACAACAAGGAACACUGCGAAAUCCUUGGCAAGAUCACCGUCGGCAUUUCUGGAAUUGCUGAGGGUGUCCUCCUCUAUGAUGGCAGUAGUUCGGUUGGUGAAGGUGGGCUUAUUAGAUUGCAGCGUCGGGUUGUGGCUGCGCCCAUGUGGCUUCCUCUAUAUAUCAACACAGUUUCUCGUGAUGGUAAGAAUACUACCACCAGUGUUUGCCCCACAAACUGUGGGUGCCAGACCUUCAUUGUGACAGCCGGUUCCUAUGAACUAAAGGGCGCCAUUGUCUGGUCUUCGCUCUACUCUUCCAAGGCGGAUGACGUGCAUAUGGGUAUCCGGCCUGUAAAGCUCUCCAGCCAGCUUUGA